UACGUACGUACGUACACGAUGUACGUGAUCCGACAGACAGUAUUACUUCCUCUACCGACAUUCGUUGACAGGGUGACACAGUCGUGACAGUGAUGAUAUCUGAUGUGGCGUUUCUAAGUUCCUAGGAAAUGGUCAUUGUUGUAUGAUCCUCGUUAUACCGGUUACCAAGAAGGCAUACUAUCCGUGUGGAACAUCGAUGAUCAAGGUCAGACCCAGUGUUCAUGCUUCGCAAAGCAGAUUGAGAAAUGAGAAUCCAGUGCAGUGUGGCGUCGAAGAACACCAUAACCCAAGCAGGCAUCCAAUGCACGUAGCCAUUCAUGGAUAUUGCUAUUUGCUGUUACUCGUCAGUGCUUAAGCCAACCCAACCCCAGAACCACAUCAAUGUCAGCCACGUCUGAGCCAGAUUCUUGGAGAUGACUUCCCAAUUUAACUUGACGUUUCACUGCCAUCAGUGAUCCUGCUAGUACCGUUGCAUGUCUCCACUUCUUUUUAUUCACUUCAGUCUAGCUGUUUUCUGUGUCUAGGAUUGUCUUCAUCUAAUUCUUCAACUUCUUCUCAUCUCAGUACUUCUCCUUGUCCCCCUCCCCCUUUUUAAUCUCUUACUUGUACAUCAACUGCCCCGCCCCCCUCCUCCAUAACACACGAUGACAACACUUGCCGUACCCAAAGUAUCGCUAGACUUGCCCCAGCCCUUUGGGCGUUCCAGCAGUGACUCCAACCUGUUGGAUAGACGGAACUGCUUUGAGGACAAGGAUUACGGGCUUGAUAUCCCGGAUGAGUUGUACGGGGACCGGCCUGAGACUGAGGGGCAGGUGCUGGAGCCUGAGAAGACGGAGAGUGACCAAGACACGGAUUCCGAUUUGCAAGACCUUGCUGGGGAGUUCCGAUUACGUCUCAACAGCAAAGGCCACCGUGCCAGCAUCACAGACAGACUGCAUGAAGAACUCACCAAAGCAAAAGUGGCACUGGAGUUGAAGGAUGAGCAGGUGUCCAAACUGACCAGGGUACGAGAGGAGAUGGACCAGGAGAUUACUGAGCUGACUGCCAGAUUGUUUGAGGAAGCACACAUAAUGGUCAAUGAGUCCAACGUGAAGAGGGCCAAAGCAGAGAAGAAACUGAAGGAGGCUACAGGGAAGAUCGACGUGCUCCAGGCUGAAGUGCAAGCCCUGAAGAUACUGGUCCUGACCUCCACCCCCAGCAAGCCCAACCCCCAGUCGGCCAACCCCAAGAAGCGCAGCAUCCUGUCCAAGCGAUCCAAGAGUGGCCUCUCGGCCAACGUCCUGAGUCACCAUAGAAACCACAGCCUGCAGGGACCAAUCAGCAUGGAGCUGGCAGCACAGCCGACCAAUGGGGUUCAAGCAGCGUCGCCGGAGCCGGAGAGUCCCAAGAGAGGAGAGGCGGACCCUGUUCUCCUGCGCGAGUUCCAGGCCUGGAAGGAGCAUCCCACCUUCCUUCGGGAUGAUCCCUUUAUGGCCCGCAUUUUUGCCGAGGAUGUCUUUCCGUGUCUCAACUUCCCUAACCAGCAGCUGUCAGAGACGCUGCAGAGCUGCGUGGAGAGUUUCAGCCUGUGCAUAGAGCCCCUACCGGACAAAGGGUCCCUGCCAAGGCGGUGUUCGUUAACAGACCAGCAGCGUGCUUGCCACUAUCGCAUCAAGCUAGGCGACACAGAGGAUUGGAUCAAGAUAUGCACCGCGGCUAGGAACAGAAUUACCGCAGUCUGUGACUUCUACACCUACCUGGGCUACAUCAAGCAGGGACUGGUCAAAAGUGAUCUGCAAGAGAUCUACUGGGAGAUGAUCCGACUACGAAAACAGAUGUCUCUGACCAAGCUAGGUCUACAGUGAUUUGUUGUUAACUUAAGUCCAUCUCCUUCCCUCGGCUUUGUAUCGCGAGUGAUCUACGCAAGUUGCUUCAAAGUAUUUCUAAAUCUAUACUGUGUACGCUGGACACGUGUGCUAUUAUGGUCAGUCUGCUUUGUCCAGUUUGUGAAGAGGUGAAACUGGUGGAAGAGGUGGAAGCAUUUUACCCAUGGCAUGGGCUUUAAGGCAUACUUCAGGGCAAGCCUCUACAAUUCAAGGAAAGCAGCACCUCAAAUGUUCCCCAAGAUUGCAAGUCCAUUUUUAUUAGUGUGUGUAAGGUUGGCUUACUAAGGUAUUGUAUUUUUUAUGUACUCGUAUUUCUGCCCACAGUACUGAGCCUCUGUAAGCACGAUGGUGUCGUCCGAGUUCAGGGUACUGUGCUGAAGCAGAGUAUUUUGCUGAGCAUUUUUUUGUGCUUGUGGAAACACAAGUGCCAAAAGGAACAGGAAAACUAUGUGUUUUUUUAAGCACUUCCUGAGCAGAAUGUGUUUGUGCUCAGAAAUGUUGUUUGUCAUGUGAAGCUGCAGUUGGUCCUUUUUAAAGGCGUAUAAGUUCAUUUGCUUUUCAUGCAAUUUGUUCGCUUCCAGUAAUAACACCACUCAAAUUCCGAAGAAGAAUGUUCAAAACCUAAGCUGUUGAAAUUUCAGCGCAUUGAGGAUUACACUUAUCGAGAAAACAGUGAAAAACCAUGUACAACCUUUUGAUCAUAAAACAUUUCGUUUAUAGCAAUCUCUGUAUUUCCAAAAAUCAGUCAAUUGACUGAUUGCUGGAAAUUAGCUGGAAAUAACCUACAUUUCUUGAUUUAUUGUAAAUGACAUAAAGUCAGACGGAAUAAUUUCAAGGAGUGUUUAGUACCAGUACAAUCUUUAAUCCAAGUAACUUUUCGGAUAAUUAUUUGGUAGGUUACUCUAGGGGUGAAUGCAAAUGAUCCUAAAUGCCUUUAAUUAGAAUGCAAGGUGCAUUUGCUGUGACGAUGCAGGCCCAUUUGUGCCAUCAGAGACUGCUCAGCCCUCCCAAAAAGUUGAGAAAAUUUUAACUUGGUCAAGUUUUGCCAUCAAUAAAUUUUGAGUUAUUCUUGUUGU